AAGGCGUUUUAAAAAGAAAAUAGGAAUUUACGUCCAUUGCGGCUCCAAACGAGAGCAGUGGACGUAACGAAGCUCAUUCGCUUUCUCCCCAAAAUGGCGUCGAAAGGGAACCAGUUUCUUUCUGAGCGCUGUGUGGCUCGUAGAGCCUCCGUGGGCGGGCAGCUGCGACACUGGCAGGCAGUCACAUGAUUCGCGCAAAGCCCAGCUGCCCAAUUCCAAUAUGGUGGCCAGCUUGGCAGACCUACGGUUCUUGUUGAUGAUAUUAUUGUUCUGCUGGAGGAUCAGGGACGGCGCCUGCACCCAGCAAGCCCCGUGGGUUCUGGGGCUGCGACUGGAGGACCCAGAAGGCCAGGUGUAUAUGAAGGAGCGGAUCAUCUCUGCGCCGCAAGGGGCCAGUUUCAAGCUUCGGCUGUUCGGUUGGGAUCUAAAUGGGACCUGGCCGUGGGUGGCGUUCGCUGGAACAAGACAGGAGGAGACCGGGGUGGUGGAGGAUGCAGCUGACCCGUGCGAGCAAGAGACCCGCCGUGUCUCCGCCGCCUUCCAGGUCACCGGGGAGUUCACAGCGGACGAGGAGUACAGCGGGUUGAUAACGGUACAGACGCGGGACAAGAGCAGCAUCUCUCCUGCUGCAUCCUCCACGGGAGGAGGGGAUGACGCCAACCCUACCUACCACCACCACCUGUGCGUGUUGAAGAACGGAAGCUGGGUUUCGGUGGGACCGGACAGGUUGCAGAUCAACAACGACGCAGGUCUCCCGGCAGACUACAUCCCUCCGUGGGGUAUGGCGGUGCUGAUCGUGCUGCUGAUCCUGGUGUGCGGGGUACUGAGGAGUGUGAACCUCAGCGUGUUGUGGCUGGACCCCCUGGAGCUCUACGUUUUCCACAGCUGCGGCUCCGAGGAGGACAAACGGGCCGCCAAGCGCCUCGAGCCAAUCCGGAGAAGAGGCAACUGCCUGGUGUGUUCUCUGCUGUUCCUGUGCGCUCUGGGCCACUCGGUUCUCGGUGUGCUACUCUACAGGGUCCUGGGUUCCAUAGCGCCCGCCGUCUUCACCAGCGGGUUCCUCAUCUUCCUGGUGUCAGAGCUUGUUCCCCACAUAGUGUGUUCCGGCUACGGCUUCCAGCUAGCCCCAGGCUUCACCUGGCUGGCACAGGUGUGUAUGGUGCUGACGUGCCCACUGUCGUGCCCGCUGGGCCUGGUGCUGGACCUGGUGUUGAGACGUGACAUCAGCACCUGUGGUGUGAGGGAGAGGGCUAUGGAGAUGAUCCGCGCCAACGUCAAUGAUCCGUACAGUGAGUUUGUGAAGGAGGAGUUUAGCCGUGGUGCACUGCGCAGGAAGACCGUGGAGGACAUCCUGACUCCACUGAACGACUGUUUCAUGCUGCCGUCCACCGCUGUGCUGGACUUCUCCACCAUGUCAGAGAUCAUGCAGAGUGGAUACACACGAGUCCCCAUCUAUGAAGAGGAGAAGUCCAACAUCGUGGAGAUCUUGUUCGUGAAGGACCUGGCUCUGGUCGAUCCUGACGACUGUACUCCCAUGACGACCAUCACCAAGUUCUACAAUCACCCACUGCACUUUGUAUUCAAUGACACUAAACUGGACGCCAUGCUGGAGGAGUUCAAGAAAGGAAACUCUGCCCUGGCCAUCGUUCAGAAGGUGAACAACGAGGGGGAGGGGGAUCCCUUCUACGAGGUGCUGGGAUUGGUCACCUUGGAGGAUGUCAUCGAGGAGAUCAUCAAAUCAGAGAUCCUGGAUGAGUCAGACGGCUACAUGGACAUGAAGGUGAAGCGUCCCAUGGCCCCUCUGGAGAUUCCUCUGGAACCUCGCAGUGUCCACCAAGAGUUCUCUCUGUUCAAACUCCCAGAGGGAGAACCCAAGAUCCGCACCUCACCUCAGCUACUGCUGGCCACACACCGCUUCCUCUCCAGAGAGGUAGAGCACUUCAGUCCAGCCCGCGUGUCAGAGAAGGUGUUGUUCCACCUGCUCCGUCACCCCAGUGUCAACCAGGAAGUUCACUUUGACCCCUCCAACCGCCUGAGCCCCGACCACUACCUCUACACACGCAACCACCCUGUAGACUACUUCAUACUGCUACUACAGGGGCGUGUGGAGGUGGAGAUCGGUAAAGAGGGCUUGAAGUUUGAAAACGGAGCGUUCACAUACUACGGUGUGUCUGCACUCACAGCGCCAACCUCAGUGCACCAGUCUCCAGUUUCGACCCAGCGUCGUCCUCCCAGGGAUCCAUUUGAGAUGGGAGACGCCACCAGCCCGUCCAGCUACUGUCCUGACUACACCGUCCACGCCCUCACUGAUCUGCAGCUCAUACGGGUGACUCGGAUGCAGUACCUGAAUGCUUUGAUGGCGUCGCGUGUUGGCCAGAGCCCAGAAUCUCCUGAGAUCAAGAUCCUGCCUAACAGUCAGACCAAGCUGCUCAACGAGAGGAACACUGUCACACAAGAGUUCCCUGUAAACUUUUCCUUUUUUGACACCAUUGAGAACUACUGUUAGUGAUUUCUGUGUGCAUGAGGUAAACAAAACGCAGUCUCCUCAGUGGCAUGACAACUACAACACACACACACUAAAAGGACACCAAGGCAUUGAGAGAAUUUAAUUUUCAGUCAGUCACAAAGCACCUGAGUCAUUUCGGGCUUUAUUCAGACAUGUGAACUGAAGUCUUCUAUUGACCUCACUGGAUGGUUUAUGUGAAAGUUAAGUGUGCAGAUUUCAAGUCUGAAUAUGGCCUUUAGAAAGGUUAGUCUCUUUGCCAGAUCCUUCACAGUCACUGGGAUAAAGCUUUGUAUGAAAUGUACCCAGUUAGAGGGGUUCUUUUAGACUGUUUCUUCUCUAAAUACUUAGUGCCAUUUAUUUGUAUCUUACAGAUAGUGAGAUGCGGUCAGGUGUGUGUGUGUGUGUGUGUGUGUGUGUGUGUGUGUGUGUGUGUGUGUGUGUGUGUGUGUGUGUGUGUGUGUUUGAAAAGCUUAUGUCUGUUUCCUUGUUCUAUCUCGUGGCAUCUUUCUGUCCUUUUCUGGCUGCCCCAUCUCAUCCCUCUACUGGGUACGUAUGCUGAUUUUCUCCAUCUCCUUCUGUGUGUACAGGAUACCCACAGGAGGUAAAGACUGCAUGUCUGUUGACAAAAAGAAACAAGCACCAAAAUGUGUCCAUUCCAUUGAAUGUCAAUGUCAAAGAGAAUAUUGUGAUGUCAUAGUGGGCUGCAUUAUAACCUACUAAUCGGUGGCAUUAUGUCAUUGUGUGAUGUCAUCUCCCCACUCACGGCCUCCCCCUUUCUCUCAUUGGCUGGGUUCCACAGGUGGCAGUAAAUCCCAGGAAAGUUCAACGGAAGAGGAGGCUCAUGGGUAAUGAAGUUCUCUCUGUCAGAACUAUGUGUUACUCAGGCAACCAACAAGGAGGCUUUUUAAAAAAUAUAUUUUUUUAUCAGUGAAUCUCUUAUCUCUGGAAUGCAGUAAUUGGACCUGGCUGGAGUGAGCAUCUGUGUGAGUGGUGUGUGUGGCUACUGUGUGUGGCUACUGCACUAUCCUCAGCCGUUUUCCUCAUUCAUUGUACGUUUCGCAUUCAUGCCAAUCGUGUGUAUGUGUGUGUGCACCUCUCCUCCCUGUUGUAAAUUAGCCUCCUUUGCCUAAAAGUUACAUUGCCUGUUCCUUCAUUAUUGUGCCAAAGCAACUCGCGUCAACCCCCUGUGUGUGUUGUCACAACCCGUCCAUCCAAGCAUUAGACACAGGUUGGUCAAAAAAAGCCAAUUUUCACAGAAAUGUGGACACUGCUUUUGGUGAUUUGCUUUAGUUGUUUGAGUAUACGUCCAUAUUUUAUUUGAUACACUCCCACAUAUUUGUCUAUCUAGACCUAAUGGAAGGCCUGUAUAUCAGGAGACCUACGGGAUGAUUGGAACUGUUUUCUCUAGUUAAAGGGCUACAUCACCCAACAGUAAAGAAACAAAUAUGUAUUUGAAAAUGUUCAUACUAUCCCUUUAAGAGAGCUGAUGCAACGCUUGUGUCCAUUCCUUUGCACAGUCACUGUUUAGCUUCAGGUCUGAGCUGUGAUGGGAGUGGUAGGUGUGCGUGCCCUCUCCCAUUUGACCUCUCUUACGGCGUGCCAACUCUGACCCAGUCUGCUUUCAUGCAUUCCUUUUGUUUGGCCAAGUUGCCAUAGAGACAAUCACAAUCCCCUUUAUUCACUCAGUAUAUUUACCCAGACACCAUACAGAAUAGAUAAAACGGACACAAGUCCACAUAGACACCAUACAGACUAGAUAAAACAGACACAAGUCCACAUAGACACCAUACAGAAUAGAUAAAACAGACACAAGUCCACAUAGACAAAACAGACACAAGUCCACAUAGACACCAUACAGAAUAGAUAAAACAGACACAAGUCCACAUAGACACCAUACAGAAUAGAUAAAACAGACAAGUCCACAUAGACACCAUACAGAAUAGAUAAAACAGACACAAGUCCACAUAGACACCAUACAGAAUAGAUAAAACAGACAAGUCCACAUAGACACCAUACAGAAUAGAUAAAACAGACACCAUACAGAAUAGAUAAAACAGACAAGUCCACAUAGACACCAUACAGAAUAGAUAAAACAGACACCAUACAGAAUAGAUAAAACAGACACCAUACAGAAUAGAUAAAACGGACAAGUCCACAUAGACACCAUACAGAAUAGAUAAAACAGACACAAGUCCACAUAGACACCAUACAGAAUAGAUAAAACGGACACAAGUCCACAUAGACACCAUACAGAAUAGAUAAAACAGACACAAGUCCACAUAGACACCAUACAGAAUAGAUAAAACAGACACCAUACAGAAUAGAUAAAACGGACAAGUCCACAUAGACACCAUACAGAAUAGAUAAAACAGACACAAGUCCACAUAGACACCAUACAGAAUAGAUAAAACAGACAAGUCCACAUAGACACCAUACAGAAUAGAUAAAACAGACAAGUCCACAUAGACACCAUACAGAAUAGAUAAAACAGACACCAUACAGAAUAGAUAAAACGGACAAGUCCACAUAGACACCAUACAGAAUAGAUAAAACAGACACAAGUCCACAUAGACACCAUACAGAAUAGAUAAAACAGACAAGUCCACAUAGACACCAUACAGAAUAGAUAAAACAGACACAAGUCCACAUAGACACCAUACAGAGUAGAUAAAACAAACAAGUCCACAUAGACACCAUACAGAAUAGAUAAAACAGACACAAGUCCACAUAGACACCAUACAGAAUAGAUACAACAGACACAAGUCCACAUAGACACCAUACAGAAUAGAUAAAACAGACACAAGUCCACAGACACCAUACAUAAUAGAUAAAACAGACAAGUCUACAUAGACACCAUACAGAAUAGAUAAAACAGACACAAGUCCACAUAGACACCAUACAGAAUAGAUAAAACAGACAAGUCUACAUAGACACCAUACAGAAUAGAUAAAACAGACAAGUCCACAUAGACACCAUACAGAAUAGAUAAAACAGACAAGUCUACAUAGACACCAUACAGAAUAGACAAAACAGACACAAGUCCACAUAGACACCAUACAGAAUAGAUAAAACAGACACAAGUCCACAUAGACACCAUACAGAAUAGAUAAAACAGACACAAGUCCACAUAGACACCAUACAGAAUACAUAAAACAGACAAGUCUACAUAGACACCAUACAGAAUAGAUAAAACAGACACAAGUCCACAUAGACACCAUACAGAAUAGAUAAAACAGACACAAGUCUACAUAGACACCAUACAGAAUAGAUAAAACAGACACAAGUCUACAUAGACACCAUACUGAAUAGAUAAAACAGACACAAGUCCACAUAGACACAAUACAGAAUAGAUAAAACAGACACAAGUCCACAUAGACACCAUACAGAAUAGAUACAACAGACACAAGUCCACAUAGACACCAUACAGAAUACAUAAAACAGACAAGUCUACAUAGACACCAUAUAGAAUAGAUAAAACAGACACAAGUCCACAUAGACACCAUACAGAAUAGAUAAAACAGACACAAGUCCACAUAGACACCAUACAGAAUACAUAAAACAGACAAGUCUACAUAGACACCAUACAGAAUAGAUAAAACAGACACAAGUCCACAUAGACACCAUACAGAAUGGAUAAAACAGACACAAGUCCACAUAGACACCAUACAGAAUAGAUAAAACAGACACAAGUCCACAUAGACACCAUACAGAAUAGAUAAAACAGACAAGUCCACAUAGACACCAUACAGAAUAGAUAAAACAGACACCAUACAGAAUAGAUAAAACGGACAAGUCCACAUAGACACCAUACAGAAUAGAUAAAACAGACAAGUCUACAUAGACACCAUACAGAAUAUAUAAAACAGUCACAAGUCCACAUAGACACCAUACAGAAUAGAUAAAACAGACACAAGUCCACAUAGACACCAUACAGAAUAGAUAAAACAGACACAAGUCCACAUAGACACCAUACAGAAUAGAUAAAACAGACACAAGUCCACAUAGACACCAUACAGAAUAGAUCAAACAGACACAAGUCCACAUAGACACCAUACAGAAUAGAUAAAACAGACACAAGUCCACAUAGACACCAUACAGAAUAGAUAAAACAGACACAAGUCCACAUAGACACCAUACAGAAUAGAUAAAACAGACACAAGUCCACAUAGACACCAUACAGAAUACAUAAAACAGACACAAGUCUACAUAGACACCAUAUAGAAUAGAUAAAACAGACACAAGUCCACAUAGACACCAUACAGAAUAGAUAAAACAGACACAAGUCCACAUAGACACCAUACAGAAUAGAUAAAACAGACAAGUCUACAUAGACACCAUACAGAAUAGAUAAAACAGACACAAGUCCACAUAGACACCAUACAGAAUAGAUAAAACAGACACAAGUCCACAUAGACACCAUACAGAAUAGAUAAAACAGACACAAGUCCACAUAGACACCAUACAGAAUAGAUAAAACAGACACAAGUCCACAUAGACACCAUACAGAAUAGAUAAAACAGACAAGUCCACAUAGACACCAUACAGAAUAGACAAUGUGUUUGUGUCUGUCACAUCUUAAAGCACCUUGUUGAUUUUCUCAUCCUUGAUAGCCGAGUAGGGGUGGGUGUGUGUGUGUGUGCGACUCUUUCAGGAAACUCAAUUUCCCAUGUUGCAGUGUAACUACCCAUGUGUGCAGGGAAUACAUAUGUUACCCACUGUCCUGUGAAGACGGGAAACGCAUAGAUAAAGGCCUGGUCCAGAAGCAACCCCUUGGUCCUUCCCCUAACACCUUCCCCUGGCCCCUAGUUGUCUACCCUUUGCUCCUAGGCCCUAGCCCUUAGUGUAAACAGAUCUGAUGAAAAGGUGAUGGCAGCACCCAUCUGGUUCCUUCAGAUCUGCUAACAUCGGGGUUUGGAAUAGAGAUUGGAGUCUUCGGUGUGGACCAGAGACUCUACCAGGGUUAUAUUCAUUAGUGCACACUGUAGCAAAAUGUUGAAACGGAAAACAAAAAUAAAUUGGACACGUAUUGUCCUUAUUGGACAAGUCUAGGUAGUCCCUCCCUGUUUCAGUACGGUUCUUCCGUUUGGUGCUUAAUGAAUAUGACCCAUGUUUCCCAGCAACCAUGAUAGGGGUUGGCUAUUUUGGUGGCCAUCUUGGUUACCUCAGUCAUUCUCCACCCCAUAAAGCGUUUUUUUUAGUUGAUCUAAUUACAGACAUACACUAAUUAAUGACAUAUGCUAAAACAAGGGAUUAACUAUGUGAUUCAAAGUAAAUAUUUUCCAUCUGUUUUAACAAUAUUGUACUGUUGGUUAUGAUUCAUGCCCAUUUAUAUUGUAUUAAAAGACAAUGUAUAUUGUAAAAAAUGUCAUCAUUACUUAUGCUACUUAUAUUGUUUGGGAGAAAUGGUGGGUUUUUUGAUGGGGGUAAAAAACUGUAUAUUAAUAUAUAUGCUUAUCUAGAGAGAAUAUGAAUCAAGGAUGCAGAUUUAAACUCGUAGUUUUCAGGUACAAAUGUAGAAUACUGUUGCCAUGAUGAUGAGAACCGGACCAGCGCUAGUUUCUCUCCAGGAAUUUUUUGUAUAGAUUUUUUUCUCCCAAUUCUUCUCUGGAAGCUGAGAGUUGUGUGUGCAGAGAACAUUGUAUUGGACUAUUUCAAUAUCUGCUGCUUGUUACUAAAUAAACCCAGUCCUUGUAUACA